UUUUUGCUUUUGAAUGUAGUAUACGCCUAUUUCUGAAUAUUUGAUUGGUUAAUAAUCAUUUCGGACAAAUCAGUGGCUUUCUGCUUAAAGCAGAAAUCAUCGUCCCUGGUUUGGUGUUUUUUGGAUCAAAAUUUUCGUAACGCGUUCUUUUUGAGUUUUAAACUCGAUGAAUAAUAAGUUUAAUAACCACUUUUUAUAAUGGCUUCAACUACAUCCAUUAUUUCUGGCCUCUCUCAUCACUAUGUCAGGAAAAGUAAUAGUAGCUUACACGAUAUAAGUUCUCAAGAUUCGCAAAAGUCACCAAGAACCUCCACGCGGUUGGAAUGUAAACCGCGUAUGGUUAUCAAUAAAAUGAUUUUGAACAAUUUUAAGUCAUAUUUUGGUGAGCAGGAAAUAGGACCAUUCCACAAGUCAUUUUCCGCUAUUGUCGGACCAAAUGGUUCAGGGAAAUCAAAUGUUAUUGAUGCUCUUUUAUUUGUAUUUGGAUAUCGAGCAAACAAAAUGAGACAAGCAAGACUAUCAGAACUUAUUCAUUCAUCACAGGGGUGUGAAAAUUUGGAUUCUUGUACUGUUGAAAUACAUUUUGAAGAAAUUAUUGAUUUGUAUGGCUCGGACGAUUUUGAGGUUGUACCUCAUUCCCAGUUGGUUAUUUCGCGUCAAGCGUAUCGUAAUAACACAAACAAGUAUUUCAUUAACGGUCAACAAAGCAAUUAUACCGAAGUGACAAAUCUUUUGAAAGGAAGAGGGGUUGAUUUAGAUCAUAAACGGUUUCUGAUCUUGCAGGGAGAAGUUGAAUCAAUAUCACUGAUGAAACCCAAAGCACCAAAUGAACACGAAGACGGACUUUUAGAAUAUCUUGAGGAUAUAAUAGGAACUUCUAAAUAUAAAGUUCCUAUUGAAGAAGCAAGCGAAAAACUUGAAAACUUAAAUGAAGAACGAUCAGAAAAAUUAAAUCGCACUAAAAUAGUGGAAAAAGAGAAACAAAGCCUAGAGGCCAAGAAGAAAGAAGCGGAAGAUUAUAUGCGUGACGAAAACUCUUUAGCUUUGAAGAAAUCAAUUAUUUGUCAAAAGCACUUAUUAAAGUGUAAGAAUUCUAUUGAUAUAUCUACCAGGGAAGUUGUAAGUUAUGAGAUUAAUUAACUUAUCAGAUAGACUUUCAAACUAUUAAACUUCAUACUAUUUACUAUUAACUAGAAUCAAUUGAGAGCUGAACUAAGAGAAGAGGAAGAAAAGCAUGCCCAGAUAAAACAAGAUAAUAAAGAUCUUGAAGAUAAAUAUGGAGAAUCUGUUGAGGCUUAUCAGGAACUCGAAAAAGA